AUGACGACCGCCGUGGCUAUACAGCCUGCCAUGCCACGCCCGACUCCCGUCCCCAUCGCCGCCGCCCGUCCCAAGAAGCAGCAGAAGCCCUCGCCCGGGAAAGAGAACGUAGUCUCUGGCAAGCCGGUGUCGUCCAGUCUCGGCCCAGUCGCUAACAUCCGCACACGGAGGGAGAGGCCCUGUGAUGCCUGCCGGAGGAGAAAGAGCCGCUGCGUAAUCCACGAGGGCGCCGUCCUCUGCGUGCUCUGCGAGUUCCAUAAGCAGGAGUGCACCUUUGUGCAGAGCCCGCUGCCACGGAAGAGGAAGGUUGUCGACGACGGGAAGAAGGACUCGCCCAACAACCAGAAGAAGAGAUCGGUUGACGCAGAGCCGCCUCCACUAGCGCUGCCGACGCCCACGAUAACUGCCACCGCGCCAAGCCCACCUCCUGCCCAGCUCCCAUUGGCCGGCGUCCACAUUCCUCAUCUAGGCGAGACCCUGGGCCUCCAACGACGUCAGCAUAGCAGAUAUAUUGGUCUAAGUUCUCCAUUUGACUCUUUGCUCAUUGGCUUGUCCCACUUUGAUACCCGCAACGAAUCUACCUUCGACCUUGGCACCCUUCGACGAGUUAAUGAUCAUGAAUGUUUCAUCAUGCUGCCUGAUGAGAACACCCAAGACUAUGCCGACGAGGCCGACACUCUCAACCAUGUCGAGCAGCUCGUCCACCCGCAUGGUCCUGCCCUGCUUGACCUCUACUUCCGUGUAGUGCACCCAAGCUUCCCCAUUAUCCAGAAGCACCUCUUCGUUGAACGAUAUCGGAAUGGCGACCGCACCUUCUCGCCGUCCCUCAUGGCCGGUAUGUAUAUUCUUGCCUUGAACUGGUGGUCAUUUGACCCGCGCUUGGCUCCCCAUCACAAGCCCGAUGCAGCUCGGCUAGAGGCGAUUGCAAUGAGCUCGCUGUCCAGGGCAAUGGAAAGGCCCAAGCUGUCGACAGUACAAGCAGGAUUGCUUCUGCUACAGCGGCCCGAAGCGGACUCUUGGAGUUUGACGACACAGUUGGUAGCGAUCGGUCAAGAGCUCGGUCUGCAUCUCGACUGCUCGGGGUGGUCGAUCCCUCUGUGGGAACGUGGUUUAAGGAAGCGCAUUGCGUGGGCCUUGUACAUGCAGGAUAAGUGGAGUUCAUUGAUCCACGGCCGGCCGUCGCACAUCUUCAGCGCCAACUGGGCGGUACAACCCAUCAACGACGAAGAUUUCAAGGAAGAGGGCGAUGGCUACGACACGCGACCGGAUGAGGCCGAGGAAGAGAAAGAGGAGAACGAGCGCGGCCAGAUUCUGUUCGCGCAGAUGAUUGGGCUGACGCAGAUCAUGGCGGAGGUGAUGGACACGUUUUAUACGCAGGUUGCGAUCCAGGAUUUCGCGAACGCGGGGAAGAAGUCGACCGAGUUGAUUCUAGCUCGCGCAAAGCCGGUACAGAUCAAGCUGCGGCAUUGGCACGAGAAGCUGCCUCCGAUGGUCAAGAUGAAUGCGCAUACCAAGGGCAAGCUCUCCUCACUAGGGUACUUGCACCUCGCAUACUUUGCGACCGAAAUCACGCUUCAUCGCCGGAUUGUCCAGUCUCUUGACGCUUCAAGCCAUGAUCCCUAUGGCUUCUUUAUGUGCCGCAACGCUGCGAAGACGCGGCUCAUCUCUGCCAUGGACUUUGUGAAUCGGCUAAAGCCCGAGCACCUUCAGGCUUUCUGGUACUUCGCUUCCAAGAUCAACUUCACCUUAAUUGGUACCUUCGGCUCCCUAUUAUGGGCUACGGCUCCCGCGCAAGAAGAGGCCGACUUCUACAAGACGCGAUUACGGGAGUACCGAUGGACUCUCUCCGUCUCCAGCAAGCGCGCCGAGUUCCUCGACUACGCAGUCUCGAUGCUUGACGCCAGCCGAGCGAUGCUGAACAACCUCGCCGAAAAGCCGAGUCUCGCACAGCAGGUCAGCAAUGCCGGUGUUCCUCCAGCUGCGCCACGGUCAACGAUGGGACCGCCACCAAUCUACAACCAGAACCAGGACGUCCAGAUGCAGGAGGGCGACGAACUUAAGCGCAGUCCAUCUGGCCAGAGCUUCGAGGGGUUCGGAAGCGAGCCAUUCACCAGUCGACCAGGAAGCGGCUCGCAGACGGCGGAAGGUAGUCUAGCGGACGACGCGUAG